UCCGCCCGCGCGCAGGUCCGCGGGGAGGGCGAUCUGCCGACCGGCCUACCCCCCGGGCGUUAGUGAAGGGCGCCCUCGGUCGCCCCCACAGCCCCCGCCCCAGAUGUACUAUGCGGUUUCCCAGGCGCGUGUGAACGCGGCUCCCGCGACCAUGUUGCGGCCACAGCGGCCCGGAGACGUGCAGCUCGGGGCCUCGCUGUACGAGCUGGUGGGUUACAGGCAGCCACCCAUCUCAUCCUCCUCCUCCUCUUCAUCCUCCUCCUCCACCGCAUCCCUUCUCCCCAAGCCUGCGCGCGAGAAGCCCGAAGCUCCGCUCACUGAGUCUCGGGGACCGGCGCCGGAGUCCGGGGGCGCCCGGACCGACGCCAAAGAGGAGCAGCAGCAGCAGCAGCAGCUGCGGCGCAAGAUCAACAGCCGCGAGCGGAAGCGCAUGCAGGACCUGAACUUGGCCAUGGACGCGCUGCGCGAAGUUAUCCUGCCCUACUCGGCGGCGCACUGCCAGGGCGCGCCGGGCCGCAAGCUCUCCAAGAUCGCCACGCUGCUGCUCGCCCGCAACUACAUUCUGCUGCUGGGCAGCUCGCUGCAGGAGCUGCGCCGCGCGCUCGGCGACGGUGCGGGACCCGCUGCCCCGCGUCUGCUCCUCGCCGGCCUGCCCCUGCUGGCCGCCGCACCGGGCUCUGUGCUGCUGGCACCGGGCGCCGUGGGGCCCCCCGAAACGCUGCGCCCCACCAAGUACCUGUCUCUAGCGCUCGACGAGCCACCGUGCGGCCAGUUCGCUCUCCCCGCUGGUGGCGCGGGUAGCCCCGGCCUCUGCUCCUGUGCGGUGUGCAAGUUCCCGCAUCUGGUCCCCGCUGGCCUGGGCUUGGCAGCCGUGCAGGCUCAGUUCUCCAAGUGAGGGCUGGCUGGGCCCGGGGCGGGGCGCGACCUCAGCCAAUCUUCCCGCGCCCUCGCGUCCUGGAUCUAGGGAGAGCUGGCCUCAGAAAGGAGGACAUUUCCAGACUUCUCGCCCAGACGACAGACUGUAGGGCGCCUUCUUCCCCGCCCCCACUCCCUGGCAAUUCAAGUGACCCAAACGGGUGUUCCAAGGAACCACGCAGUUGCUUGGGAUUCUAGAUGAAUCCCCACCUGUUUAGAGCCAGAAAUUAUCGCAUUCCCACCAAAACCUCACCCAGUGCCGGGGCUGACACCCUCGCGGUCUGUUCUUGUAUCCGUGAGCAUCGCAGGGUCGGGAAGGAUAGUAGGACCGUGCGGUACAAUGGGGUUGCCCUGGGUGCAGAAAGGCUGUACCCGAGCUUGGUGUCCUGUCAUCCGCCAGCUCCCUGGCUCCCCAACAGUGUCGACCCAGAGGGGCCGCCUUUCCUUUUCCCGGGCUUGAGCGCACGGGCUCCCUUGCUCCCACCAGCCCAGCCCAUGCAGAUCUAGUAGGUCUAAAAAGCCCAGGCCACGGGUACAAGGGUGUUGCGGAUGGGCCGCUCUGGAAAGCCCAGAGUGGGGUGUCGUGCAGGUGCGUCUGGUGACAGCGCCUUGGUCGUUGGGUGUUCAGAAUGGAGAAGUUCGUCUAGCCUCUCAGUUCUGUUUUUCAGGCUCGCACGCCCAGCUGUUCUGUUGCAGUUUACGCUCCUUAAAACCUGAAAAUCUACUUAGUCUCCGCUUCCCUAAAGAUAGCUUAACCAACAUUUGAGCUUGCUUGGAAACAGAAUUCCACGCCAUCGGUGUUCGGACUUAACUAAAAUAGGUAGCAAGGCAUGUCGUAGCGCAGGCUUCAGGCUUAUGAAACUAAUUAAGGUUCUCAUUAAAGGAAGCGGAGGUGGGCGAAGAUCUCAAACCGCCCGUUGCUGGACAAACCCAGCUGCGCUGCAGGCGCGGAGGCGCUGGCACUUCACCGGCUGGUCGUUAGCCACAGCAUUGCCGCUUAAGAACUCCGUGGACGCGUGCGCGCGUGGGUGUCGCGUCUUGAUUUGUGAUUAGAGUUAGGAAAUUAUCCAAGAUUAUUGCCUAAUCUUCACCAGCUUGCUUUGAUUUUUUUUUUUAAUGUUGGAAGUUUUGGGUUGUUGACAGUAGCAUCUUAUUUGACCUUUAUCUCUGUCCCCCUGAACUGUACAGAAACCACAAAAUAAAACAUCAACAGU